UUCAGAAUCACGAUGUCAGUCAUCAACUAGCACUGUAAACUCACCACACGGUGUUUGUAAGCGGAGUCCCGUAAAAUAUCGAACAAAGUGCAGAUAAUAGUUUUCGACUAAGGGAAGUCACUGCGACCAGACUCGAAGAGUCGUUCUUGACCAAACCUGACAUGAGAAUACUGUCCAGUGUGCGACAUUCUUGCAAUCAUAUCCGUCACUUUUCUUCUCGCAUACCACACCCUCCUCUCUUCAAGAUGGAUCCUAAACUCGCAUCGAUCAUUGAGCAGGUCAAAGUAGACAUUAUCACUCCUACUCAACAGCGCGACAAUGCGAGACAGCUGGAAGAAGUUUCCAGGAGUUUUAUAUCCGAUACUAUCACAGUGCCCACGAAGGAGAUGUUCGCUUACGCCGUACAGACUUCACUCGGUGACGACGUCUACAACGAGCCAUCUACGAUUGCCCUUGAGGCGCACAUCGCUAAGCUCGCAGGGAAGGAAGCUGCUCUUUUUGUAAGCAGCGGGACUAUGGGCAACCAGCUUGCUAUCCGCACGCAUCUUCAGCAGCCUCCCAAUUCCAUUAUUUGUGAUGUUCGAGCGCAUAUCAAUAAGUACGAGGCUGGUGGCGCGGCAAUCCACUCAGGUGCUCUCCAGAACGCUUUGACACCUAAAAAUGGACACCAUUUGACUCUGAAGGAUAUUGAACCGCAUGUAGUGUUCGGCACUGACGUACACAGCGCACCAACGCGAAUCAUUUGCCUGGAAAAUACGCUGAAUGGCACGAUCAUGCCGCAAAACGACAUCAUUGAGAUCGCUAAUUUUGCCCUCAAGAAUGACAUACUGAUGCAUCUUGAUGGUGCACGUUUGUGGCAUGUCGCCGCUGAGACUCGGACACCGAUUGAUGAACUCUGCGCACCAUUUGACUCAGUCAGUUUGUGCUUCAGCAAAGGUCUCGGUGCCCCCGUGGGGACGUGUCUCGUCGGUCCAAAGGCAUUUAUACAGAAAGCGCGCUGGUUCCGCAAGAUCUUUGGCGGGGGGAUGCGCCAGACUGGUGUUCUUGCUGGGUCGGUCGCUUACGCACUUACCCAUAAUUUCCCUCUCCUUCCUAGGGUUCACGCUCUAGCAAAACGCCUACAAGCUGGUUUAGAAGAGCUUCAGGUCCGCAUAUUGAGUCCUGCAGAAACUUGCAUGGUUUUUUAUGAUCCCUCCACAAUUGGUGUCGAGUACUGGGAAAUCAUAGAUCAUGCAGCUGCAUUACCGAACCCCAUUAGUCUUACUGGCUCUCGCAUGGUGGUGCAUAUCCAAACAUCACCUGAGGCAGUGGAAGAUUUCUUGUCAUUGGUUAGAAUGUUGAAGGAGAAGAAGGUCCAAGCAGGUAUUGUUCCCUCACCAGGUCAAAGUCCCAAAAAGGAUGUAUUUGCGAGACGACAUGAUUCCUAG